AUGACGACCCACGCCCUUCGUGAAGCUUUCAAAUCGAACAGAACAGCUUUUGGCACUUGGAUAUCUCUUCCAGGCUACUUUCAUGCACGAACGGUAGCUCAAGCCAGCACCCGACUCUCGUGGGUAAUGAUAGACUGCGAGCAUGGCCAAGUACCGCUCCACCCAGGCGCCUCCGAGAGCAUCGCCGCUAUUCAUGCCGCAGGAAACGGAGCUCCGAGUGCUUUGGUGCGGGUUCCCGCCACUGGGAUCAGUUCAAGCACCAGUUGGCAGAUCAAGUAUGCCCUCGAUGCAGGAGCCCGCGGAGUCCUGGUUCCUAUGGUGUCUUCGGCAGAGAAGGCCAAGGAAGUCGUGAUGGACAGCCGAUUUCCUCCCGCCGGGAGGCGUGGAUUCGGGAACCCCUUCACCCAUGGGACGUGGGGUGUAACGGUCCCUCAAUAUCUUGAGUCGGCGAAUAAAGAGGUCACUGUUAUGGUUCAAAUCGAAACCAAGGAAGGGGUAGAGAAUAUGAAAGACAUAGCAGCUGUCGAUGGAAUUGAUGUGCUGUUCAUUGGUCCAUAUGAUCUGUCUAUAUCCCUCGGCUAUCCGCCACCCUUGCCGGAUCCGCAUCCGAGUGUUGAGAACGUGAUCAAAGAAAUACUUCGCGUAGCUCAUUCCGAAGGAAAGAAGUGCGCUAUAUAUUGCACAUCGGGAGAGCAAGCUGUGAAGCGGUCUCAAGAAGGCUUUGACAUGAUAAACGUCCUUACUGACGUAGGGGCAAUUUCGGACAGUAUUUCUCGCCACCUGCAAAUAGCUUCCGCUGAACAGGACAGAUAA